AUGGCCGACACAGAGCCCCUCUUCGACCCUUCUUUGAAGAAGAAGAAGAACAAGAAGGUCAUCAACCUCGAUGAGCUCGAAGACACGCCUGCUCCUACACCAGCACCCGACGCAUCCGACGCCACCGAGGCGACCGAGCAGGCUCCCGAUGCAGACGCGCAGCAGGAGGCCGACCUCUUCGGAGGCAUGAAGAAGAAGAAGAACAAGAAGAAGAUGGAUCUCGACCUCGGCGACGGAGCUGCACCUGCGUCAUCUGAUGCUCCCGCUGCCGGCGAAGGCGAGGCUGCCGGCGACAAGGCCGAUGGCGACGAUGACCUGAACUUCGGAGAGAUGAAGAAGAAGAAAAAGUCCAAGUCGAAGAAGGCCGCAUUCGACCUCGAGGCGUUUGAGAAGGAGCUCGGCGAAGGUGGCGAGGAUGGCGAGGCCGGCGCCAUCGGCGACGAGGAGGACCUGGGAGAGAACCCUUUCGCUCAAGAGGAUGGCGAAGGCGCCGAGACCAAGGAAGAUCAGCCCGAGACCUGGCAUGGCACGGAUCGCGACUACACAUAUCAGGAGCUUCUCGGACGCAUCUUCAAGACGUUGCGAGCCCAGAACCCCGCCCUGUCUGGCGAAAAGAAGAAGUUCACCAUGGUCCCGCCGCAGGUCACCAGGGAUGGAUCCAAGAAGACGAUGUUCGCCAACGUCGUCGACAUCUGCAAGCGGAUGCACCGUCAGCCCGACCACGUGAUCCAGUACCUCUUCUCGGAGCUGGGAACUCUUGGUUCCGUCGACGGCUCGCAACGGCUCGUCAUCCGAGGACGUUUCCAGCCCAAGCAGAUCGAGAACGUGCUGCGAAGGUACAUCACCGAGUACGUCAUCUGCAAGACUUGCAAGCGCCCCGAGACGCUCCUCACAAAGGAGAACCGCAUCUUCUUCGUCACCUGCGAAAAGUGCGGCUCGCAGCGGUCCGUCAGCGCGAUCAAGAGCGGUUUCCAGGCGCAGACCGGCAAGCGGUCCAAGAUGCGCGCUGCCGCCUAG